AGAUUCUACAAGUGGCUCCAAGCUAGCUGCCCGUCUUGUGGGACCCUGGGGAAGAACAACCGUUUUUCCCCUCUCCCCUCCCCCAUUCACAAUGGGCGACGAGCAAGGCAGUUGUGGGGAACCCGCCGAGGUGCGAGUGUGAAGCCCAGAUGAGCUGUGACUCGCUUCCGUUUGACCUUACAAACUUUGAAGAUAGAAAAAAGAAAAAGCAACGACCUUCACAAGACAUAGAGAAUUAGAGUAUCCAGAUUUGAAGUAGUUAACAAUGUCCCUGCCAAGUCGACAAACAGCUAUUGUUAACCCACCUCCACCAGAAUAUAUAAAUACUAAGAAAAAUGGGCGACUAACGAAUCAACUGCAGUAUCUACAAAAAGUUGUCCUAAAAGCUUUAUGGAAACAUGCUUUUUCUUGGCCUUUUCAACACCCUGUAGAUGCUGUGAAACUGAAGUUACCUGAUUAUUAUACCAUUGUAAAAAACCCAAUGGAUUUAAAUACGAUUAAGAAACGAUUGGAGAAUAAAUAUUAUGUGAAGGCUUCGGAAUGUAUAGAAGACUUUAAUGUAAUGUUCUCAAAUUGUUAUUUAUACAACAAGCCUGGAGAUGACGUUGUUCUUAUGGCACAAGCUCUAGAGAAGUUGUUCAUGCAGAAAUUAUCUCAAAUGCCACAAGAAGAGCAAGUUGUGGGUAAAGAAAGAGUAAAGAAAGGCACCCAACAGAAUGUAUCAGUUUCUUCUGUUAAAGAAAAACCACCCCCCAAAAUAACGGAAAUUAUAUUUAAGCAGCAAGAGAUUCCCUCUGUACUUCCUGAGACUUCUGUCUUUCCCUUAAACAUGGCACAAGAGGCUCUACUCCACUCUAGUUCACAAACUGUGGUCCAGGUUACCAGGGGUGUGAAGAGAAAAGCAGAUACAACAACUCCUACAACUUGUAUAGUUAAAGCAAGUAAUGAAUCUUCUGUGCCAGCUAUGGAAAAAAAACCAGCCAGAAUGCCAGCAAUAAAAGAAAAUGAGCUGAAAAAUAUUUUACCGGAUUCUCAGCAACACUAUAAAGUGGGAAAGAGGAUUAAAAUAACUGAACAACUAAAGCACUGUAACGAAAUCCUUAAAGAAAUGCUUUCCAAGAAACAUUUUUCAUAUGCAUGGCCUUUUUAUAAUCCUGUUGAUGUUAAUGCUUUGGGACUACAUAACUACUAUGACAUUGUCAAAAAUCCAAUGGAUCUUGGAACUAUUAAGAAGAAAAUGGACAGCCAGGAAUACAAGGAUGCAUAUGAAUUUGCUGCAGAUGUUAGAUUAAUGUUCAUGAAUUGCUACAAAUACAAUUCUCCAGAUCAUGAAGUAGUGGCAAUGGCUAGAACACUUCAGGACGUUUUUGAAAUGCAUUUUGCCAAACUCCCCGAUGAACCUGUUGAGAGCACUCCUGUAUGUAACAUCACACCAGGUACUACAAAAACCCUUAGUAGAGAAAGUAGUAGUGAAGCUUCCUCUGAAGAUAACUCUUCUGAUGAUUCUGAAGAUGAACAAGUUAAGCAUCUUGCAAAGCUUCAGGAGCAGCUUAAAGUUGUUCAUCAACAACUGCAGGCUUUGUCCCAAGUACCUUUUCGUAAGCUAAAGAAAAAUAAUGAGAAGUCUAAAAAAAGGAAAAAAAGUGAAAAGAUUAAUAACAGAGAUGAAAAUCAGAAGAAAAAUGUUCAACUAAAGGAAAAGUCCAAGAGCAAUCCACCAAAGAAGAGGAAACAAGAGGUCUUUACUCCUAAAUCUGAAGAUGAAGAUAAUGCUAAGCCUAUGAACUAUGAUGAGAAAAGGCAGUUGAGUUUGGAUAUAAACAAACUCCCUGGAGAUAAACUGGGCCGAGUGGUUCAUAUAAUACAAUCAAGAGAGCCCUCACUGAGAAGUUCCAGUCCCGAUGAAGUGGAGAUAGACUUUGAAACACUAAAAGCAUCAACACUAAGAGAACUAGAAAAAUAUGUUUCUGCGUGUCUAAGAAAAAGACCUUUAAAACCCCAUGUUAAGAAAGUAAUGAAGUCCAAAGAAGAAAUUCAUUCCCAGAAAAAACAAGAGUUGGAAAAGCGGUUAUUGGAGGUCAACAAUCAGUUAAAUUAUGGAAAACGUCAAGCAAAAUCUGAGAAGUCACAGUCAUCCACAGCAGUUGGAAUUGGAUCCCGCCUGAGUGACAGCAGCAGCAGCAGCAGCAGCAGCAGUAGCAGCAGCACCUCUGAAAGCAGCAGCAGUGAUUCCAGCUCCUCUGACAGCAGUGACUCAGAACCAGAAAUAUCUCCUAAACUUACUGGAAUAAAAUGCAGUGGUUCACCUCCUGUGGAGAAUAUAAAGCAGAUACAGUCUUCUGUGCAAGACAAACCUGCUACAACUGCCCUUGUUUACCACAUGGCACAUUUAUAUGGAAUGCCACCUAAUCAGGAGUUAACAUUCAGUCAUCAAGAAUUAGAACAUGAACAGACUGUAAAAAACAUACCUUUACAAAUGCAACCUCCUUCAGGUGAUUCUAAACAACUGAACAGCCCAGCUAUGAUACAUCCAUCUGGUGAUAACAACACAAAGGUGUUAGAAUCUGAACAUCAAGUUCCUGUGCAGAAGGAUAUAAAGAUUAAGAAUGCAGACUCUUGGAAAAAUUUAGGCAAACCAGUGAAAACGCCAAGCAUACUGAAAUCUUCAGAUCAGCUCUUCAACCAAUUUAGAAAAGCGGCAAUAGAAAAAGAAGUGAAAGCUCGAAAACAAGAAUUAAUAAGGAAACAUCUGGAGCAAAAUGCAAAGGAACCAAAAGUGUCUCCAGAAAAUCAGAGGGACCUUGGAAAUGGAUUGCCUCUAGAAUUUUUUUCAAAUGAACUGCAAAACAAGUGCCUUGGAGAAGAGCAAAAAAACCAUCAGCAGUCAUUGGAAGCUCAAGAUAAAUGCAAUCUCUGGCUUCUCAAAGACCGUAAUUUAGCAAGAGAGAAAGAGCAAGAGAGGAGGAGGAGAGAAGCAAUGGCGGGUACCAUUGAUAUGACUCUUCAAAGUGACAUUAUGACAAUGUUUGAAAACAAUUUUGAUUGAAACUCAGUUUUUAAAUUAACC